UAUGAAGAACCUUUGGACAUAAUGCUGUUCAGAUUUGAAGAAUUAAUACAUAUAGACUCCAACACAAGUCCUGGUUCAACAACUAUUAAUAAGAUUGGAGAAUUGGGGACAGUCAUCAUUAAAAAGUUGCUUGAUCUUACAUCUGAGAUGUCACUCCUACAUAAAGUUAAUAACAAGCCAAGUCCUGUAAAAGAGAUUACAAAAGAUUGUCUAGAUGUAGAUUUAUCCAAAGUAUUGCCAUCUCUCAAAGAAGUCCCAGACGAUAUGUUAGAAGUUGAAGAUGAUCCCAGUACAGACAAGUUGAUGAAGAUGGAAGCUAAUAUAAGGAACUAUAAAAGACGGAUAAUUCAUGAAUAUAUCACCAUGGUUCUUCACGCUUGGAAGUGUCAGCAGGACAAGAACAAGAAUUGUGAGAUCGAAAACUGCAAAAAGAUAAAAACCUUACUUACUCAUAUGAAGUCAUGUACAGAUGGAAGAUACUGCAAAAGUAAGGAUUGUUUUCCAACUAAACUCUUGAUGGAACAUUGGAACAGCUGCAUUAAAACAAACUGUGGCUUGUGUCGUCCUUUAAAGAAAAGUGUUAAAAAAAAGAAUGAAAGAUCUGGUCAUGAGAGAUGUGACACCUGUAAAUUGGUUGAUGGGCAGUUCUGUCACCAAUCAUGUAAAGAAACGGGAUGUGUAAUAUGCACUGCCAUGAAAACUGCUGCUUUAUCAAACGACCAGAGUUGUAAUGAUCAUUUCAUUCAAUGUUUGUUGGACAAGCAAUGUACAUCAGAAGAUUGUGGUUACUGUACUCAUUUUGAGAAAUUGGUUCAAGAAAAUUCUGACACAAAAUAUCUGUGUGAUAAUCCAGGAACUUGUCGACUAUGUUCAAUAAAUUUCAAAAGUUAUGACCAUUUGUACUUAUGUGGAACGAUGGGAUGGAUCAAUACAGAGGAUAUUACGACUUUCAUGCUUCAAUAUGAUGAUACAUUUAAUGCAGCAUAUACAGUUCUUGGACUUGAAGGGAUAGGUUCUGACAUCCAUUCUGAGUAUGAAGAUCUCAAUAAAAGCAUUGCAACUUCAACAAGGGUAGCAAAUGGUAAUGGGAAGAAGAGAAAAAUUCAAGGAAAAUGUUGGAAAGAGAAAACAUCUUUGGAAUACAGAAAUCAUCUAGUUAAUAUAUUUGUUGAUGCACUACUGCCAAAGUCAAAUGAAAAUAGAAUAAAGUUCAUGACAGUUGUAGCUUUUUGUACGAGAAUGGAACAGCAAUUGUUUGACAAAGCUGACACUAAGGAAGAUUAUUUUCAUUUGCUUGUGGACAAAAUGUAUAGAAUCAAGAAACAAGCUGAAGCUAAAAGAAGAGAGCAGAAAUCUGGCUCAGUACAGAUAGAGGAUGAUGAUAGUGAACCAGCAGCAAAGAGGCCCAGGUUAUCAGAUACAUCAAAUAAUGAGGCACCUCAGGGAAUACUAUCAAAGGAGCAGCUUAUGUACUGUUUGCUUUAUGUGUCUGUCAGAGUUCUUGACCACUUAAAAAGAUGGACUUCUGUUAAUCAAUCCAUCAUCUUAAAUGGUGUCUUCCGAGCUUAUGAACUGGCUAAUGUGUCUGGCUUGAACCUUGGAAGUAGUUGGAAUUCCCUUAAAAAACAGCUGACAAAUACUAGUAAGCGCUUCAAGGGGCCUCUUUGGAGGGCAGUGGCUAUCAUGAAUGCAAACUUACUUUUGAAGACCUCCUGUGUACCGCUUAGCUUGACCGCAUUCCUUGUAACAUUUGGAGAUUUACCAUUGAGAACACAAGCUGACCUUUGCAUCAAAGCUCUGACUGAUUCACAUGUACCUUUGUCAGGAUCUACAUUCAUACAGUUUGACAGCUCACAGCUGGAAGAGUAUAAAAGUCUGAUGGAGCCAUUAUUUCCCUCAGAGUACAGUGAAUUUCAUGUUAAGCUUGCAGAAAAGUUGCUGUUGCAUCUUGAUAAUGUCCAGGACAAGGACUUUAUAAAAACUGCCUUGUAUUUCUUCUUGGACCAAGUGGAAAGAUUUAAACACCCAGAAAUAAACCUUGACAAUAGAUUACUUCUUACCAGACUGAUUGUCAGAUUUAUAAGUGAAGAAUGGGUUCUACCCACUGAUGACAAUAGUGUUGCCAAAAUACAUACAGCUUUAUGUGUAUUAAUGAUGUCCUCACCAGGAGCACCUUCAUCAGUGAACUUUUACUUGUUAGAAAUAUGGUUCAAAGUUUGUAAGUUCUUCAAUUCCCUACAGAUGGCAGAGUUAUUGAAAACUGCAAAAGAUGCUGGUAUGCUUGUCUGGCAAAGAGAUGGAAUAAAAGAAUGUGUCCUCUCAUGUUUAGGUACAGAGUGUAUACAGGAAAAGUAUUAUGGUGCCAUACUGGUCAAGCUGUUUAUGCCAUUUAAAAAGGAUCUGGUUGAAGUGUUGUAUGUUGUUUCCAGUAACAAGAAAAGUUAUUCUCAAGCAUCUUUGAUGAAAAUGAGCAAGCAUGCCCUGCAGGUAGAGAAAAAAGAAAUUUUUUCUUGUGAAAUUAGUAUGAAGUUUUUAACAAUGUCUUUAGAAGCUUGUGAAGAAAAUAACAGAUAUUUAACCAUUUACAAACCAAGUGUUGCAGAACAAAAAUAUUUCACCCAUUUCUUUGGACUUAUUACAACCUCUAUUACAGAUGAUGUGAUUGUAACACAAACAUUUCUAAAUCUGUUGAAAAUGUUGAAAACGGUGUUUCUUGUAUGUUAUAAUCUAAUGAUGGAAUUUCUGUCUGGGCUAAAACAAUCUGAAGUUGGACAAAGAAACAUGAAAACAUGGUUUGGCAACACUGUUAUUGAACAUUACAGGAAGAAGUUUAAUUACGAAAUUCUGAACUUGCCAUCAUCAACUUCUAGGGUUAGGUAUGAAAGAUUGAUCGGGAGAAUAAAAGAUGCUCAACAGGAAUGUGAAAGAUAUGCCGAUAAUGUAGACAAUGCAAAAUCUCAGUUCAAGCUACGCGUCAUCGAUCAUCUGACAUUUAAUUUCAGCAGAAAGACCAGGUUUUGUAGCAGGUUGAAUGAGGAAUUCUAACAUACAAUGGUUCUGAUUGAACAAAUCUUUUAUGGUAUAUUUGAAUUCAUAGUUAUUUGUUUUCAGAUGUCCAUAAAGUUUUGUGUUGAUAUUUGUACCAUUUUGUUUCAGUUGACACAAUCAUUGCCAAAGGACUUGUCAUUGUUGACCGUUGUUUUAAAUAUUGUGUUAAGUUAUACAUUGGAUAUUGGGCUUAUUUAUCAAUAUAUAUAUGUAUUUUUUCAAUAUCAUUGAUAAUUA